AUGAAGAUGCCGAAAGGAAAAUCACGUCAUGACACCACCCUCAUGAGUCCAGGGCUUCCAGCACUUUACCAACUGAACACAGAUAGAAAAUAUAUUGAUGGGAAUGAAAAACAGGUCAGACGAUGGACAUAUGGAAGAACAGACAGAAACAAGCAGAACAAAGUCAUACUGCUGGUGGGAGAAACCGGCCUUGGGAAAACUACCAUCAUCAACACCAUGAUCAACUACUUACUGGGAGUGAAGUUUGAGGAUGAAGAGUUUUACCAAAUCACAGAAGAAGAAAAAAACAUAGAUGAAACCAAAACCCAGACAUCUGAGAUCACUGUUUAUGAGGUGUUUGUUGAAGAAAACCCAACAUCUCUGACCAUCAUUGACACUCCAGGAUACGGAAACACUGAAGGUUACGAGAAAGAUGGAGAGAUUUCUGAAAAUCUGAUCAAAUUAUUUUCAGCUGAGGAUGGGAUUCAUUAUAUUGAUGCAGUGUGUUUUGUGAUGAAGGCGUCUCAGAAUCGACUCUCUGGAAAAGAGCUUUACAUAUUUCACUCAGUUCUGUCUCUGUUCGGUAAAGAUAUAGAGAACAACAUAGUGUUUCUACACACACAUUCAGAUGGAAGAUGUCCAACAAAUGUCAUCAAUGCCAUUAAGAAAGCAGAAAUACCCUGCAGAAGAGAUGGAGACAAUGAACCUGUUCACUUCUUAUUCAACAACCGAAAGAAAGAGGAAAAAGAUGAAGAGUAUGAGCAAUUGUUCAAAUCAUCAUGGGAAAUGGGAGAGAAAAGCACAAAGGAAUUAUUGAUGCUCCUGGACGAAAAGAACAGAACAAGUCUUCAUAUGACCUUAGAUGUUCUGAAAGAGCGAAGACGACUUGAGGCAUGUGUCUCUAAUCUGAAGGAGCGAAUCAAUGAGAGGGAGUUAAAAAUUAAAGAACUGACUGAUAUUCAGGAAGCCAUGAGACAGGACAAAACCGAAAUUGAUCAAUGUGAAAACUAUCCAUUUAGAGUCAGCCAAGCUGUCAAAGAAAAAUUCCCUACAUAUGAUGAAUGGUGGUGGAACAGAAAUGCAACCUGUUGCUCUGUCUGUCAGGAAAACUGUCAUGAGAGCUGCUGGGAGAAUCAUCCCUCAUGGUGUUCAGUCAUGAAAGACAACUUCUGCACUAAAUGUACUGGAAAGUGUCAUUACAGCGUACAUCUCAGAGAGAAUAAAAAAUAUGCGAUCUGUAAAAAGACAGUUACUAUGUCAUUUGUUGACCUCAAACAGGAGUAUGAACGCAGUGAGUUUGAUAAUAAAAGAAAAAUAGAAGAAAAGCUGAACAGCGAUCUGGAGAAGAAUAAAAAUGAAAGGUCCAACCUGCUGCAGGAAGCUUAUAUCAGCAUUGUGAGUCUGUCUAAGAUCGCAUUAAAAACAGACAGCGCUUUCACUCUUCAACAUCUGGAUUGUUUGAUUCCCCAACUGAAGGAGGAGGGAAAAGAUGAAUGGAUGAAGAACCUGGAGGAUCUGAGGAAAACUGCAGAAGAACAGAAAAAUAAAGGAGCUUUACAUUAUGUGUUGAAUUUUAGCAGACAAUGGAACCAAUUUUACAAUCAUGUAACUGGUAAAAAUGACUGCAUUCAACAAUAA